GAGUCAACGAAAGAAAAUGUUUUCCUUUUUUUUAAACCGGAAAACAUUUUCCAGAAGUCGAUCAAUUUGUCAAGCAGCACUGAGGUUCUCGUUCCAGCGAUAGCAUUGAUUUACUUUCAAAUCUACGAACCAACCCUCCCAGAUAUGGCAACAGGGAACUUUGUGAAGUCUUUUGUUGACAUAGAUGCUGAAGUGAAAAUUGCUGAAUCAAUUGAUUUUGGCAUUGAUGUGGAAGAUGUAGCAAAAAGGAAAUAUGUUACUUCUUCAAGUGAAAUUUCAUCUGAAGCAAGGCCUCAUAAAAGGAAUCACCGUGAUCAAGAUGAUAGCUAUUACAAGUUAUCCAAACAAAUUGGAGAAGCUGCUUCAGCAAUAAAAAAAUUGAUGGAGGAUCAAGUUAAUGUCAAUGAUCUUUAUGAAGUUAUGAAGAUGCAAGGAUAUGAUGAAUUUAUGCUUGCCCAGCAUUUGAUUUUUUGGUUGAAAAUGAAAAUGUAGCAAAGGCAUUCAUGAUCAAGAGUGUUAGGCUUGGAAAAAUAGGGUUGGAAGGUUUCUUUGGAAAAAUGCUAGAAAUUAGUUGUUUAAAUUUGUACUUGGCUAUGAAUUAAGGCCUAUUAGCUUGUUUCCUUUUAGCUUGUUUAAAUUUUUUUGUUUUCACUGAAUUAAGGCCUAUUAACUUUUUUUUUUUGGUUUAAA